UCAACCAUCAUGAAACAGGUUAGAUUGGAGGUGAGCAAAUCCUUGGACAGAUGGGUGGCUGUGGACGCGGUAUACUUGGACAUAGAGGUGGUGGAGGACGUGGUAUACUUGGACAGAGCGGUGGCGGGCGGGAUGGCCUUGGAUCUGGUAUACUUGGACAGAGGGGUGGUGGAGGACGUGGUAUAUACUUGGACAGAGCGUGGGCGGGAGACGUGGUAUACUUGGACAGAGGGGUGACGGUGGACGUUGUAUACUUGGACAGAGGGGUGGCGGUGGACGUGGUAUACUUGGACAGAGGGGUGGAGGUGGACGUGGGUAUACUUGGACAGAGGGUGGCGAUGGACGUGGUAUACUUGGAGAGGGGUGGAGGUGGACAUGGUAAAACUUGGACAGAGGGGUGGCGAUGGAUGUUGUAUCUCGGACAGGGGGUUGGCUGUGGACGUGGGAAACUUGGACAG